AUGUGCCGUAAAGAUGAAGAUAUGUGCCAUAAAGAUGAAGAUACGUGUUGUAAAGAUGAAGAUACGUGCCAUUCAGAUAAAGAUAUGUGCCAUAAAGAUGAAGAUAUGUGCCAUAAAGAUGAAGAUAUGUGCCGUAAAGAUGAAGAUACGUGUCGUAAAGAUGAAGAUACGUGCCAUUCAGAUAAAGAUAUGUGCCGUAAAGAUGAAGAUACGUGCCAUAAAGAUAAAGAUACGUGCCGUAAAGAUGAAGAUAUGUGCCGUAAAGAUGAAGACACGUGCCAUAAAGAUGAAGAUACGUGUCGUAAAGAUGAAGAUACGUGCCAUAAAGAUGAAGAUAUGUGUUAUAAAGAUGAAGAUAUGUGCCGUAAAGAUGAAGACACGUGCCAUAAAGAUGAAGAUACGUGUCGUAAAGAUGAAGAUAUGUGUCGUAAAGAUGAAGAUACGUGCCAUAAAGAUGAAGAUACGUGUCAUAAAGAUGAAGAUAUGUGCCGUAAAGAUGAUGAUAUGUGCCAUAAAGAUGAAGAUACGUGUCGUAAAGAUGAAGAUACGUGCCAUAAAGAUGAAGAUACGUGUUAUAAAGAUGAAGAUAUGUGUCGUAAAGAUGAAGAUACGUCUUAUAAAGAUGAAGAUACGUGUCGUAAAGAGGAGGAUAUGUGCCAUAAAGAUGAAGAUAUGUGCAAUAAAGAUGAAGAUACGUGUUAUAAAGAUGAAGAUAUGUGUCGUAAAGAUGAAGAUAUGUGCCAUAAAGAUGAAGAUACGUGUCGUAAAGAGGAGGAUAUGUGCUGUAAAGAUGAUGAUAUGUGCAGUAAAGAUGAAGAUACGUGUUAUAAAGAUGAAGAUACGUGCCAUAAAGAUGAAGAAACGUGUUGUAAAGAUGAAGAUAUGUGCCAUAAAGAUGAUGAUAUAUGCCAUAAAGAUGAAGAUACGUGUUGUAAAGAUGAAGAUACGUGCCAUAAAGAUGAAGAAACGUGUCGUAAAGAUGAAGAUAUGUGCCGUAAAGAUGAUGAUAUGUGCCAUAAAGAUGAAGAUACGUGUUAUAAAGAUGAUGAUAUGUGCCAUAAAGAUGAAGAUAUGUGUUAUAAAGAUGAAGAUAUGUGUUAUAAAGAUGAAGAUACGUGUUAUAAAGAUGAAGAUACGUGCCAUAAAGAUGAAGAUACGUGUUAUAAAGAUGAAGAUAUGUGA